ACAUGAGGUCACUUGGUGCACAUGAGGUCCCUGGGAUACUCAGCACUUGGCUGAAGCUGCAGGUGAAGCUGCACUCAGUGCAUGGACUGCACAGGAGCUGUGAUCUGCACAGACAGUAGGGCACCAUCCCCCUGAGAAAGAGGAGGAGAAGGGGGGAGGGGGAGUGGUGGAGGGUGUGCUGAUCUCACCCCCCCCUGCAGAGAUGAGACUCUCAUUGUUCAGCUGUUAGCACUCUGCUCCCUCCAGGGGCACACAACACACACACAAGAUGGGCUCUUCUCUAUGAUAGCACAACUGCCCCUCCAAACCAGGACCUACUAUGGAUAUCACCAUCUCCCAGCUCAUGGACCUGUUCCUGGACAGCCCCCUGGUCACCUGGGUGAAAACCUUCGGUCCAUGCGGUGCUGAAAAUGAAAAUAAACUGUCCAUGUUCAUGGAUCUGAUAGACGGAGUCUUCCUAAAUAAGAUUAUGCUACAAAUAGACCCGCGGCCGUCCAAUCAGCGCAUCAACAAGCAUGUGAACAACGACGUGAACCUUCGGAUUCAGAACCUCACCAUACUGGUGCGACACAUCAAGAACUAUUACCAGGAAGUCCUCCAGCAGCUGAUUGUUAUGAGUUUGCCAAAUGUUCUGUUAAUCGGCAAAGACCCGCUUACCGGGAAAAGCAUGGAAGAACUGAAGAAGAUUCUCCUGCUGAUGCUGGGCUGUGCGGUGCAGUGUGAUAGGAAGGAGGAAUACAUCGAGCGGAUCAAACAGCUGGACAUCGAAACGCAGGCGGGGAUUGUGGGACACAUUCAGGAGGUAACGCACAACCAUGAGAACGUUUUUGACCUGCAAUGGCUGGAAUUACCGGACAUGGCGCCGGAAGAGCUAGACUCUCUGUCGCGGAAUAUGGCCAUCCAUCUGAGGAGGCUUCUGGACGAGAGAGAUGACUGCAGAGAGGUGGUUGUAGAUCUGACCCAGGAGCGGGAUUACCUCCAGUCUCUGAACCCACCAAGUCCCGUCAAGACUUCCAGCCCAGACCUCUCAUCCAACAUGGUCAACCACCUCGCCACCGAGGACAAAAAGCACCUCGCUGUGGAGCUGGCGGACAGCAAAGCCAAACUAAGGAGGAUCCGCCAGGAGCUGGAGGAGAAGACGGAGCUGUUGAUGGACACCAAACAUGAACUGGAGAGGCUGAGUCUGGAGCUCCAGAAACUAAAACAAGACAACAUCCAGCUAUCAUCUGAAGCUCGAACCGCGCGCACCUACAGAGACGAGCUGGACUCGCUGAAGGAGAGGGCCGGUAAAGUGGACCGGCUGGAGAAUGAGCUUGCGCGGUGUAAAGAGAAGUUGCACGACGUAGACUUCUACAAGGCCAGAAUGGACGAGCUGAGAGAGGACAAUGUGAUUCUCAUCGAGACGAAGACCAUGCUGGAGGAGCAGUUGGCCUCAGCCCGGACGCGGACGGACAAACUGCACGAGUUGGAGAAAGAGAACCUUCAGCUGAAGUCCAAAAUACACGACAUGGAGCUGGACCGUUUCUCGGAUAAGAGCCGCAUUGAGGAAUUGCUGGAGGAGAACAUGGUGCUGGAAAUCGCUCAGAAGCAAAGCAUGAACGAGUCUACUCAGCUGGGCUGGGAACUGGAUCAGCUUUCCCGGAGCACCGAUCUGUCUGACGCCAGAAAGUCGUUUGUGUUUGAGCUGAACGAGACGGCGUCCAGUCGGAUCCUGAAGUUGGAGAAGGAGAACCAGUCGCUGCAGAACAUCAUUCAGGAGCUGAGGGAGGCUUCCAUCAGCCUGGAGGAGAGCAGCCUGAAGGGCCAGGAGCUGGAGAAUGAAAAUCAGCAGCUUAGUAAGAAGAUCGAGAAUCUGAACAUGCAGAUUGAGAAGGAGAGGCAGAGCAGUGCCGACUUGGAGAGUCUUGGUGAAGAUCUUCUGAAAGAGAAGGAGCAACUUUCUCGGGUUCUGGAGAAUAUCAAGUCCGAGAAGGGCAAGCAGAUUAAAGAGCUGGAACAAGAAAACAAGCACCUCUCCCAGGCGAUGGCGGCUCUACAACAGAGAGCGCAAGACCACACCGAUUCCAGAGUGAAAGAUGUGGAAAUGGAAAAUAAAAUGCUGCAUGAAACCAUCACCGACACCAGCAGUAAGCUGAACGAAGUGGAACAUGAAAAGAAGCAGCUACAGAAGGUCUACGAUCUGGUGAAGGAGAAGGUGGAGAGGGUAGAAGACAUGGGCAAGGAAAUCCAUCGGCUAGAGAAGCAGAAUGAAGCGUUGACCAAGAAAGUGUCCUCUGUGAGGAUCGUGGAAGAGAAGGUGGAGGCUCUCGAGAAGGAAAACGGAAAGUUAGAAGGCGAAAAUAGAAUCCUAAAGAAAUCUCUGGACACUUUGCAGAACGUUUCAAUUCGUUUGGAGGUGUUGGAUAGUGAGAACAAACAGUUGGAUGAGGAGAACCUGGAACUGAGGAGAGCAGUUGAAGCCAUGAGGUUCUCCUGUACAAAAAUAACGCAGAUUGAGAGAGAAAAUGCCGAUCUUCAUAAAGAGAAAGAAGAGCUGCAGAAGAACGUCGAAGUGCUAAAGGCCUUGGGAAAGAAGUCCGAACGCCUGGAAGUCAGCUACCAAGGCCUGAGCGAAGAGAACUGGAGGCUUCAGCAGAUGCUUGAGGCUGGAAACAAGAAGCUCCAGGAGCUGCAAUCCGAGCUUCAGGACACCGAGAAGGAAAACAAAGAGCUUCAGAAGACUUUGGAGGAAUUUAGGAAUUCCAACAAGAGACUGGAGCGGCUGGAACAAGAGAAGAAAACGAUGGACCAGGACUUGACCCAACUGGAGAAGGACAAGAAGAUGUUGGACAAGGAAUCAAAAAGGCUGUGGCAGCAGGUGGAGCUUAAAGAUGCCAUCUUGGACGACAACACUGUGAAGCUGGCCGACUUGGAGAAAGAAAACCGAACACUAGAGAAGGAGGUUUCCAAGCUACGAGAAUCCUCUUCUAGAACUCGAGAGCUCGAGAAGGAGAGCAAAGAUCUGCUGCAGCAGCUGACCGUAGAUAAAAGAACACUAGCAACGCUGAGAGAGGAUCUGGUAUUGGAAAAGCUGAAGACCCAACAAAUGUCUAGCGAGUUGGACAAGCUGAGCCUGGAGCUGGAAAAGAUCGGGUUAAAUAAAGAGCUGAUGCUGCAAGACGAGAACAGCAAUGCUGAGAAGAAGUACAAGAUCCUGGAGAGCAAAAUUGAAUCAACACUAAAGACCACUUUGGCUGUUAAGGAAAGCAAAAUCCUGGCUCUGGAGAGUCAAGUGGACGAAGUCCGGAGCUUCAACCAGCAACUGCAGAAUGAGCUGAAUUCGAGGAAACAAGAAGUCAUCCUGCACAGCCAGAAUGCUGCGAGGAACCCGCAGGAGCCUCAGGGGAAGCAGGAGCGUGACGUCCGCAGGAUGGACAGCAUGGAGAAGGGGCAGCGGGAGACCACGCGGGAGCUGUUUAAGCUGAAGGACCGAGCGAUCGAGCUGGAGAGAGAUAACGCAGGGUUACAAGCGGAGAGGAACUUGAUGAAGGAGCAGCAGCGCCACCUGGAGGCCCAGAACCUGUCGCUGAACAAUCAGAUGGGGACACUACAGAAGCAAGUCUCCUUCCUCCAGGAGCACAACACGGCGCUGCAGACACAGACCGCAAACCUGCAGGUGGAGAGCUCAGCGUCUGGCUCCCAGAAUGUGUCGCUAAAGUCUGAGCUGGCCAAGCUGCAGAGCCAGCUGUCGGCACUAGAGGGCGAGAGUGAGAAGGCUCUGCGUCGGAAGGAAGAGGUGAAGGCCCGUUCAGAUUCGCUGCUGCGGGACCACGAGCACUUGGUGUCUCUCUAUGAACGCCAGUCCGCAGAAUACGAGGGGCUCAUCGGCCAGCAUAGCGCUCUGAAGACGCAGCACAAAGGACUGGAGCAGGCUCACCGCGGCCUGGAGGAGAGCUACAACAAUCUGUUGAAAUACAAAUCUGAGCUGGAAGAGCGAGACAAGACAUUGCGCCAAGAGCGGGAGACUCUGCAAGAGGAGAAGAGGAAGAAUCUGAUCGCGGCCAGCGAAAACGAGCGACUUCAGCUCGAGCUGGACAGGUUGAAGUUCCUCCACGGGGAAUUACAAGGGGAGUACAACACUCUACACAAACACACCAAGGAGAUGAAGAGCUCGUUCAACAAUGCCCAGAUGGAGCUGAACCGCUGGCAGGCCCGCUUUGAUGAAUUAAAGGAGCAGCACCAGACGAUGGACAUCUCUCUCACCAAGCUGGACACCCACUGCGAGCUCCUGACCCGCCUGAAGAGCAACCUGGAGGAGGAAAACCACCAUCUGCUCAGCCAGAUCCAGAUGCUGAGUCAGCAGAACCAAAUGUUGCUGGAGCAGAGCAUGGAGAGCAAAGAACAUUACCAUGAGGAGCAGAAACAGUAUAUAGAUAAAUUACACGACUUAAGAAGACAAAAGGAGAAACUAGAAGAGAAGAUAAUGGACCAGUACAAGUUUUAUGAUCCAACUCCGAAAAAGAAGAAUCACUGGUCCGGGGCCAGAGCUCUCGCCAAGCUGAUUAAACCGCGGAAGGAGAGCUCAAGGGAGAGGCCGAAGUCCUCUUCUGACAUGGGUAGCUAUACCCCAGAAAACCUGGAGUCCGCCGCCUCUCCGUCCUGCUCCCGGCCCCUCCGUGUGCAGAUUGAAAGUGUGAACAAUUCGUCCCCGGGGCCCGACGAGAGGGACUCGCCAAAGGUGCUCACAACUAAAGUUUUGGUUGAUGUCAGUCAGAAGCAGCACCGGAUGUCCUAUCAUGGGGGAAGCAGCGAGGAUGUUGAAGGUCCUGAACGUUCCUCUCGUUCUCGCAGGAUCGAGCCCCCAUCCAGAGCUUUUUCCACGUCAACCAUCCACCUCUCUGGCACAUCCAGUCUGAGAUCUCAGCAGCCAGGUAGACCCAAAGGCUUUACCUCCAAUGAUAAUGUUUUUGACCCUACACUAGAAAAUGAAUCAAGUCCUGGAGGCCUACGAGUUCCUCGGCCCAAUAGUUUGGAGAGCAGCAGAAGUGCAUCAAACAGCAGCUCCCCACUGACCCUGAAAGGUUCCUCGGGUUAUCCUCCUGUCAGGACGGAAAGUAUGAGCAGCGAAGAUCUGGUUCCCACUAAAGACUCUGCCACCUUGCCCAGAGACAGCUAUGCUGCCAGGUCCAUCUCUACCCUGAUGGUUGCUGGGGGCAAGCCGGAGAUUCCAUCUAAUAGGAACAGCGUGGUCUCUUACAACCAGUCUGAGAAGAGACCCCCUAGUCGUGCCCAGUCUAGGCCAAGGUCUCCAGGGAGUGAGAUGGUGAGCUUGGAGGAGUUUCUUGAGGAAAGCAAUCGCCAGUCUCCCUCGACUCGUCGCAGCAGUUUAAUUGACAGCGAGUUCAUCACACUGCAGCAGUUUCUGUUAGAAGCCGAAUCUCUCCACCCUUCCUCCCUUUCCCCCUCUCCCACCCCUCAUCUCAUGGACUCCUCCGAGCCGCCGUCAAGAACCGCAUCGCCGUCCCUUGAGAAUGGCACAUGGAGGCAGAGAACGGACCCGGCCAAUAGGAGAGCGACUUCGCUGUAUAUCCCCAGGGAGACAUCAAGCAAUCGGGAUGACUUGUUGGGCGAUUAUUUUAAAAGAUCUGGUGAGCCUCAAGAAACUGGAAACCCGUCUGGUCAACCCGGCUACAGGGACUCCCAAACGCUGCCUGCCAACUAUCUAAGUUCAUCAGUGGUUGGAGAUGGCAGAAUGAUGAAACCGGGGCAGUUCGUCAAACCCAGCCCACGUCAGAUAGAAAUGGGAACAAGUUCGCUCAGGCGACUACAGCCAACACAACAGCCCAUUACAACACCCAGGCAAACUCCAGAGCCCCAGCAUCCAGGUAGCAUGGCUGCCAGGGGCAAUUCUCUCAGCAGGGUAUUUAGUUUGGCUACGGCAGACCUUCUCAAAGCCAAUGGUCCGGACAUGAACCGAAUAGAGAAACCUGAGCUGGAGCCCCCACCAGGGAAGGAUUUUAACAGUCCUAUUUUAAGAACCUCCACCCCUACCGGUUCCCCAAGGGACAGACCACAGUCGGCCAGGAUGCCCAACCUACCACGAGGCGAUGACUUGCGCAGUCGAACUUUAGAUAAUCGAUAUCUGUCAGUGGCCAAUUCCAGUCAAGACCGGACAUUGCAGUCUGCCCCGCCACCCGGCAGCUUCCAACAGCAGUACACAACAGCGCCCUCUGCCGGCAGGGGCAAACCACGACCUACAUCUCGCUUUGGAGAAGUGGCCAUGAUCUCACCCGUGAGGCCGAUCUCCAGCAUACCCGAGGCUGAAGGUCAAACUGUCAGUGCACCUCCCAAAUCACCCAACAUAGACUGCCCACCACCUCCAGCGAACGACGAGGAGGCAAACAAGAGUGGAUCUACCAAAAGUACCCCUGCGUCUCCAGAUCCCAAUGAUCCCCAAUCUGUUUGGUACGAGUAUGGCUGUGUGUGAUGAGCGGAGAAAAAUGGCGGACAUUUAAAAUUUUAAGUGUGGUCCAUCCUUCAGAUAUGCCACUUUCUACAGGAACAUGAUCCUUCAAGGGCUUCGUUUUUUUUAUAGGAAAUGGUUCAGUUAACUCUACCAGGCUGCCCAAGACCUCCAUACAAUUACCAUGUACUUGCUGAGGUUUAGGAUUUUCUUUUGAUCAAUAUGUACAUAAAUGUGCUCACUGCUGAUUUAUACAAAGACUCCUAUGGAGAGGUGCACCGUGACAAUAUGCAUCUUCAGCUCAAGGGACAAAUCAAAAUCUUCUUGGCUAUACAGAGGUUUAUAUUGUAAAUAGUAUUGUCACUUUUUUUAGUUUGUAUAUGUUGUAUGUCAAAACCUGGUGCUUAAAAUAUUGGUACAGCCAUUGCAGGGAGAGGCUUGGCGUCAGACAUGUACAUUAAGCAACUUAGGCCCAGAUUCUCAAAGGAGAUACGAGUUCACAUGGGGCUUCUCUUUUCUCCUGCUGGCAGUACAGGGAACGGUUUGUCCAGCACCAAGGUCAAGGAUGGGGAACUGCACCCCCCCUCACCCACUGCUAAUGCAUGACACAGAAUGGGUGUACUGCCCUGCACCCACUUUGCACUGGCUGCCCUUGGUUGGUAUAGAGUUUGCACUGCAUGUGCAUGGUCAACUGCUUGCUUUCUAGCAGUUGGUUGCACAUGCAUAGCAAGUUUUUUUUUUUGCCAGCUGUGGGUUGAUGGGGUGUAAAGUGGUCAUGUUGAAGUAGGGUGUACCAGUAGAUCUAAAGCACUCAGUAAGGGGGCAUCCCCUUUCUGUUACUACGCCCUGGGUGGCUGCCCCUUUUGCCCACACCCUUGUCCCGGCCCUGCUUGCAGUUGAUAUGUAUAAGCAGAUGGGAGGUUGGCCAAGUCCUAUCCAGUCGACAUGCAUUCCAGCAUUGGCUGCAUGGCCUUUUUCAGGGUAGCUUUCCUUUUUUGGAGGCAACACUGGACCUUGCUUGGGUAAUAAGCACUGAUGCAGCUACUUGUAUAGUCAAUAGUCGGUGAGCAUUUAGUGGGGUGACAAUGCAAGAGAACAUUUAGGAGACAGGGAAAGGGUGUUGUCUCCCUUUAACAGGAAGUGCCUGAAAUGAGGACUGUCAUGGUGGGAUCUCCAGGGUUUUUAAAUGAAAGCUGCAGAAUAAAAAAUUUGAAGGGUGGCAUUUGAAAUAACAAUAAUAUGUUAAAGAAGAUGUCUUAUUUCCAAAUAGGGCACCCUUUCUCUCUCCAUGGCUGUCCGACAACACAGCUGGCAAGGAGUUGACUACUUUUAACAGACAGCAAUUACCUGCCUGUGAAGAAAGGAGAGGGGCCCCUGUUCUGCUCUGCAGCUAGCCUUAACAUAGGAAGAUGGUAAUAAGUUCUACAAGUACUGUAUAUACUCGAGUAUAAGCCGAGUUUUUCAGCACUUUUUUUGUGCUGAAAAUGCCCCCCUCGGCUUAUA